AUGGAAGGUGUUAAAGUGAUUACUUGGCUUGUUUUCUUGAUUUUUCUAUGGAGUUUGGUGUCAUUCGUUGUUGAGGGUACUGAAAGUCUUCUCUCUCCAAAGGGUGUCAACUAUGAAGUGACUUCUUUGAUGUCUAUGAAGAGUAAGAUGAAUGAUGGGUUGCAUGUUAUGGAUGGUUGGGAUAUUAAUUCGGUUGACCCUUGUACUUGGAACAUGGUUGCUUGUUCUCCUGAGGGUUAUGUCAUUUCCUUAUAA